AUGUGCUUAUUAAAGAUUGUCCUCAAUUUUCAAGCUGGACUUGGGACCCUAGCCAAUAUGUUUCUCCUUAUUUUCUACACUUUCACAAUCCUAUGUCACAGACCUAAGCCCACGGACUUGAUCUCCUGUCAAUUGGCCUUCAUCCACAUAGUGCUGGUCCUCACUGGAAGUGAUAUUUGGCUUACAGACAUAUUUGAAUCACUGGACAUUGAGAAUGACUUCAAUUGUAAGACAACAUUUUACAUAAACAGGGUGAUGAGAGGCCUCUCCAUCUGCAUCACCGGCCUCCUGAGUAUGUUCCAGGCUGUCACUAUCAGUCCCAGUACCUCUUUGUUGGCAAAAUUUAAAUAUAAACUAAAAAAACACAUGAUUUAUGCUUCUUUAUUUAUUUGGUUGUUCAACUUGUCAUUCACUAGUAACCACAUCUUCUAUGCUGGAGCUUUUACCAACAUGAGUGAGACCAACCAGAUGAAGGUGACUAAAUUCUGCUCACUCUUCUCUAUGAACUACAUCAUUAGGCCACUGAUUUUAACAGUGAAAAUCUCCAGAGAUGUAUUUCUUGUAGGAGUUAUGCUGACCACUAGUGCAUACAUGGUAAUUAUCUUGUUCAGACAUCAGAGUCAAUGCAAGCAUCUUCACAGCCUCAGACACCCAAGAGCAUCUCCUGAGAAAAGGGCCACCCAGACCAUCUUGAUGCUGGUGGUUUGCUUUGUGGUCAUGUACUGGGUGGACUUCAUCAUCUCAUCCACCGCAGUCCUAUUGUGGGUGUAUGACCCAGUCUUUCUUAGGCUCUGGAAGUUCAUCAUGAAUGUCUAUCCCACAAUUAGUCCUUUGGUACAAAUCAGUUCUGAUAGUAGAAUAAUAAGUAUUCUGAAAAGCUUGAGAUCAAAGUGUCACCAGAGUUUACAAAAAGGGUAA